AUGGCACAGACAAAUUCCCUUCCCACCAAGUUCCUCGCCAACAACGAAGCAUGGCGUCCUGGCUGGACGAAUCCCGCCACGAUGGUACAAAUCCGCCAGUCAGGCACCGCACCUGAGGGCCCAUUGAUGAUCAUCACAUGCAUGGACCCGCGCUGCGAUCCAGUGCAAUUCCUGGGCACUGGCGCGGAUGGCAAGCCAAACACACUCUUUGCCUCGAUCCGCAACCCGGGUGGACGCAUCACGAAGGACACCAUGCGCAGUGUUCUGACGCUUCGAGCUCUCAAUACAAUCAGCGAGGGCGGCACGAUUGCUGUUGUGCAUCAUACUGACUGCGGGAUGACGCACCUUACCGACGAGUACAUCCGCGAAAAGGCCCUAGCUCGCAAUCCCGCGGACGACGCCCGCAUCAACGCUAUCGAGUAUGGCUGCUUCACUAGCGAAGACUUCGAGGAGACCAUCCGCAUUGACAUGCGUACGCUUCGUGCUGAGAGCUACGUCGAUGGCAUGGACGUACUGGGAUUCGCUUUUAUCACGGAGACUGGGGAGCUGAAGCAGAUCUUUGCUUGA